UACGGGUGUUGUUCGAGCCAUCGUCAAAACCGAAACCCAGAAAACCCCAACUUUCCGUCUUCGACUCUCUCAAAUCCUCAGAGCGACACUGUCGCCAGCAGUAAUGGGGAGAGCGGAUAAAGAGCGGCUCGUUCGAACUCUCAAUUCGCAUCUGAACACCAUCCAUGAAACUUUUCAGAUGUUGGAUCAAAACCCAUCGUCUUCCCUCGAAAAGGUGAGCUGGGAUGAUGUUCUAAAAAUGGGCGACCAAGUCUACAAGCAAGCCACUGUUGCUGGAAUGGUAUGGACUGGAGAAAGACUAGAAGUUAAGGCAAUUGAGGAAAAUAUGGCUUCUUAUUUCAAUAUGCUGCAGGGUUUCCUUCUGGUUUCCCAUGGGAGUCAAGUGGGUGCUGGUCCUACUUUGUCUUCUGUCAUCCAUGCGUCUUUGAAGCAAAUAAUUGAUUCCAGUUUUAGGUUCUGGAAGGAAUCGGUCUCUUUAUAUGGACCACAAAAAAAUCAGGAUAAAAACCAAGUCAUUCUGCAGUUGGUUGGUGCAGUUUGGGACGCUUGUUCUGCUCUUAAGAAAGCUCCUUCCACAAAUAUAACAGCAAUAGGCCGAGCGAUAACCCAGGUAGCCGUAUCAGUGAAGGAUGUCCUUCGAGAAAUGAAGGAGCUUAAACAAGGUUCCUCCGACUUGGACAAAGCUCCUGAAGAGAUUUGUAAUGCAGUUGAAGGUGAUUCGCAAGAUGAGGGUAAUACAAGUGAUGAUGCUGAUAUCGGUAAUGAUUUGUCAGCUGAAGAGAUGAGAGUCGCUCAAUCUGCCAUUCACGUUGUAUCUUCAAUACUUCUAGUUAUAAAGGAACUCAUUCGCUCUAUCACAAGUUUGCUUAAACUAGAAAAUGCAAACAAGGAAAGUAACUUGGCGUCCCUGGAGAAUCUAUUAAAGCUAUGCCAAGGAAUUGGACUGCAGGUUGACGAGCUUGGAGCUUGUCUUUACCCCCCACAAGAGGGCCCUGCCAUUAAAGUAGCUUCUGAGAAAAUCUCUAGCUUUCUUGACAAUAUGCAGACAGAGUUGGGAAGUCUUAAUGGUAAUUCUGAAGGCUUUCUUCAGGCGUGCAACAAUCUCCGAGAUUCCUUGAAGCAGCUCGAGACUGAACUAGGUGGCUUCUCAUCUCCUGAUCUAGAGACUAGAAUGCAGAAUGUAACUUUAAGCAACUAAAAGAUUCUUUGUGCAAUCUGAUGUAUCUCUUCCCUCAUAACUCGUUGAUAUAUGUGGGUAGACAUAUUUACAUCCAAGUUUUGUUACUACUAUACUAUCUAUUAUUGCUUCAUAAAAAAAA